AUGAAGUUCUCGCACAGCCUGCAGUUCAACAGCGUGCCCGACUGGGCGGACCGCUAUGUGGCCUACUCGAACCUCAAGAAGGCCAUCUACCAGCUCGAGCAGUCGCAGCCCGUCGACGGCGCCGGCGAGGGCUACAGCGACGCCGCCUCCGCCGCCGAGUCGUCGCCGCUCCUGCGCGCCGGGCUGGCCGCCGAGUCCGACCGCGUCUUUCUGCCGCUGCUCGACAAGGAGCUGCGCAAGAUCUCCAACUUCUACGCCGGCAAGGAGGGCGAGCUGUACGCUGCCGUUGAGUCGCUGCGCUCGGAUCUCGAGAAGCGCGAGAGCGAGUCCGUGUGGGAUGACGGCGACGAGGAUGCGUCGGAGGACGACGAUGAUGAUGACGACGAACGUCCGGGUGCGGAGAGUGCAAACACCACCAUGAAGGGCACCACUACACAACGACGCACGAGCAUCGACGGUGUCUUUUCCAACCCGAGCAAGUACAACGAGGCGGCGCGCGAGGAACGCGCCCUGCGCGGCUUCACGGGGCCGAGACGUCAGCGACGCAAGUCGAGCAGCGCCGGCAACCCCGAGGAGCGUGCGCGCAACGCAGGACUCGUCGACCACAGUGGAGCGGGUCCGACAGCUGCAGAGACGGCCGUGCCCGACGUGCUGGCCAUCUCCGAGGCUCGCCGCGCCGAGCGUGAGCCGCCGCGACGCUGGAGCAGCAUGUUCAAGCGACGCACGAGUGCCGUGGGCACAGCUACGAAGCGCAGCAUUGGUCUUCUGAUUCCUUCCUCGCCGACUGCGGAGCGCGCCGGGUUCGACGACUUUGAGGGCAGCAGCAGCGUGGGCGAUGCGAGAAGCAUGAGCAUCUGGACGGCAGACAAUGAUUGGGCCAUCGAUCUGCGCAUCACCUUCAAGCGCCGCAUCACCGAUCUCUUUGUGACGUGCAGCGAGCUCAAGCAGUUUGUGCAGCUCAACGAGACGGGCAUGAAGAAGAUUUGCAAGAAGUACGACAAGAUCAUGAACAGCAACCUCAAGGAUCGCUACAUGGGCGACGUCGUGGCGCAGCAGUAUCCCUUCGAGGCGGAGACGCGGGCUCGGCUCGACGAGACGAUCACGACGCUGACGACGUUCUAUGCAAAAGUCUGCACGAGCGGCGACUUGCCUGCCGCGUUGAGCCAGCUCAAGACGCACCUGCGCGAGCAAGUCGUCUGGCAGCGCAACACGGUGUGGCGCGAGAUGAUCGGCAUUGAACGCCGUGCUCAGGGCGCCACGCUGGAGCAGACGGUGAUGGGCUCGACACUGCGCAGCGGCAGAGGAGAGGAGACAAAGCCGGCAAGACUGUGGACGCCGUGUGGACGCAUUACAUUGCCGCACUGGCUCGGCAUCUCGACCCUGCAACUCGUGGUUGCCUUUGCCAUGCUCACGCUGCUGCUCAAGGCGCCCGGACUGCGCUUCUUUGCGCGCGUCGAGGAGCAGAACUGCCUCGCCAUGCUCAUCUUCUGCACGAUUCUCUGGGCCACUGAGGUCAUUCCGCUCUUCGUCACGUCGCUCAUGGUGCCGUUCCUCGUCGUGACGCUGCGCGUGGCGCGGACAGACGACAUUGAGGAUCGCCGCAUGUCUGCGAGCGAGACGACGCACUGGAUCUUCUCGCAGAUGUUCGCGCCCAACAUGUGUCUGCUCAUCGGCGGCUUCACGCUCGCCGCUGCGCUCUCCAAGUACAGCAUCGACAAGAUUCUCGCGCAAAAAGUGCUGCGCCUGGCCGGCACGCGGCCGUCGAUGGUGCUGCUGGCGCACAUGGGCGUGGCGUGCUUCGCCAGCAUGUGGAUCAGCAACGUGGCGGCGCCGGUGCUCAUGUUCUCGCUCAUCCAGCCCAUCCUGCGCAACCUGCCUACGAACUCGACAUUCGCCUCUGCGCUCAUCAUGGGCAUUGCGCUGGCGUCCAACAUUGGCGGACAGACGUCGCCCAUUGCCUCGCCGCAGAACCUCAUUGCGCUGCAGUACAUGGGCGACCAGCCCGUCGGCUGGCUGCAGUGGUUCGCCAUUACGAUUCCCGUCUCGGGCCUCUCGCUCGUCGUCAUCUGGCUUGUGCUGCUCUGGGCAUACGGCUCCGGCCGCGGCGUCGUCAUCCGCGCGCCGUCGGAGAACCGCGAUCGCUUCACCGGCAUCCAGUACUUCAUCGCCGCCGUGUCGGUGGGCACGAUUGGCCUGUGGUGCUUCGAGCAUCAGCUCGAGUACGUGCUGGGCGACAUGGGCGUCAUUGCCAUCGUCCCCAUCGUGCUCUUCUUCGGCACGGGCAUCCUGACCAAGGAGGACUUCAACAACUUCCUCUGGACCAUCGUCUUCCUCGCCAUGGGCGGCAUUGCGCUCGGCAAGGCCGUCACGUCGAGCGGCCUGCUCGAGUCGCUCGAUGCGCUCAUCCAGGACAUUGUGCAGGGCAUGCCGAUCUGGAAGGUGCUCUUCAGCCUGCUCGCCAUCGGCCUCGUCGUCGCCACGUUCAUCUCGCACACGAUCGCUGCCGUGCUGCUGGUGCCCAUUGCGGCGCAGGUCGGAGACUCACUGGCGCAGCCUCACCCGCGCCUGCUCAUCAUGGCCACCACCCUGACGGCCUCGGCAGCGAUGGGUCUGCCCGUGUCCGGCUUCCCCAACAUGGCCGCGUCGGCACAGGAAGACUCGACGGGCAAGCGCUACGUCAGCGUCAAGGACUUCCUGCGCGUCGGCAUUCUCGCCUCCGUCCUCGCCACGGCCAUUGUCGGCACCGUGGGCUUUGGCAUCAUGACGCUCCUGGGCUUGUAG